AUGGUUUUCAUUAGCCUCAUCAUUAUUGUCAUCUUCACUCUGCAUGAGGUAACUCCGGAGAGAAAUAACAGAGACAGAGAGACCUUUAACGAAUGUCCCGAAAAUUGCACCUGCAUGGCAUAUGAGAUGAACUGUGUCAAUUUCACAUCUAUACCACCAUCACUGCCAAUUUACACAAAAAAACUAGUGUUCCAAACCCCACGAUUCUCUCUACCGAUCCAGGUAUUUCAAGACUAUACAAAACUUGAAUACUUGAUGAUCAUAGAUGGACAUAUCCAGACAAUCAGCACCAGAGCUUUCGCCAAUGCCCCGUUACUAUUGCAUCUUCACCUUGAGAACAACAUUAUUCGCAUAAUGCGCCAAGACGCUUUUGAUGGUCUUGGAAAUCUUUUAAUUCUGAAGUUACUGAAUAAUAAUAUAAACAAGAUAACAGCAAAUUUGUUUGGGGAAAUGAAUUCGCUGAGCUGGCUUGAAAUUGAGUCUGCUUCUUUGAAGUUGAAUCUCGAGUCUGGUUCCUUCCAGGGUUUGGACAACUUAUGGAUGCUCUCGCUGGGGAAUAACAACCUUGGGAGUUUAGAAAACCCAGAAUACUUGGGAGGAAUGCCAUUACUGGAGCAAUUAAAACUACACAGUAACAAACUUACAUACAUCGUGGAUGCUGCUUUUACAUACGUGAGAAACCUGAAAUUUCUGGAUCUGAGCUAUAACAGUUUAGACAACUUGAGACCAGAAAUAUUUCAACCAAAACUGCCACUUCUAGAGACUCUUAAAUUAAGGUACAAUCCUUUAAAUUCAGUACCGAGUACUAUUUUCAAAUUACUGCCAUCUUUAAAAAAUCUGGAUCUUCAGUUUACAGGCAUCCACCAAAUUGACGCGACUGCGUUUCAAAGUGCUCCAAAUCUACUCAGUCUGAGUCUGAAUGACAAUUAUGGUAUUGAGGCAGUGCCAAGCAGCGCCCUCGGUGUUCUGAGGCAUCUCAAGGUUCUGCACCUCUGUGGAAACCACAUAACAACAAUCAAGUCUCAAGCCUUCGUCACGAUGACGAAUCUAACACACAUGAGAAUCACAAACACUGAUCUGAAAAACAUUGAAAUUGAUGCUUUUCUUGGGCUGUCCAAGUUACAGUUACUAGAACUGUCCAACAAUCAGCUUAAUAGACUGCCAGAAGAAGUAUUUGUUCCACUGUCAAUCACCAAGGAAACAGCCAUCCUGCUGUCUCACAACCCAUGGUCAUGUGAUUGUGUACUCAAAGGUUUUGUGGAAAGGUAUCAUGAUGAGUACAACGACACAGCUACUCUCAAGGGAAUGUUCGGCGAUAUGGAAUGCAAGUCACCUCCCAAUUUAACAGGGCAGUCUGUUUGGGAUAUCUCUACAGACAAUAUGACAUGCUCAGAUGACGCAAUCCUCCCUAGUGCCGCCAAUACAGAGACAUCGCAUUCACUCAAAAUAACAAUUGUUAUCUGUUCAAUUAUUGGAUGUGUCAUAAUUCUUGGAGUAGUUUUUAUGAUAUUAGUGUACUCUUACAGAAGAUGCUCCAAGAAACAUGAACAUGACGGUUUAUCGGUCUCCGACAAUCUCCGAAUACCGAUGAGGCUAUGGGACGACAGUGAAGUGCUGUAG